AUGGAAUGAUCCAAAUUCGUCCAUUGCUGCUGCCCCCCACAUCCUUCUCUCGCCACGACGCGAGGGGGGAUAUGGUUCGAUUCACAUGGAGAUCAUCAACAAGCUACGGAUUGACCACCAAGAGAGCCACGCCAACCCGGGUCGAGGGGAAGGCCAAGCCGACAGAAAAGGGAACUUCCGUCCGAGCAAUGGGCCGCGUGGCGUCCAAUGUGAUUGCGGGCAUGUUGCUUUUCGUCCCCCUUGUGACCCUCGUAGUGCUCGUGACGGAAGGCAUGUUGGACCGCAGAGUCGUGUCGUUCAACGCCCAAACCUCCGACUACGGCUGGGCCGACUAUGGCAAAUCCUGCGUGUUGACGACUUCCACCAAUGGCUGGGCUUUGCAUACGUGUGACGCCAACACAGCUGCGGUCGCGCCACUGAAUGUCUUCGACACGAUUGGUCAAGUUCUGUCGCGGCAAUGGGCAAGGGAGUUGGCUAACGCGAGUGGCACACUCCAUGUCACGACGUGUGCGAUGGGCGGGACGGCGAGAGAAGGAUGGGCGAAUUUGCAGUUCAUUGCGGGCUACGACUACUUUCCUGAAUGUUUGCCGCCUUUACCGCAGGACGUUGCUGGCAUGGCCAUGUUGGAGACCACGACUCGCGACGACGACGGGGUAUACGCUUUGAUUGUAUACGCGGAUUUGGACCCUGACAUGACUCCGUACACACACACCAAUUCGGAUGGAACGGUGCAAAAGCUCAUCGCAAACCCCCAACGCACGCUCAUAUCCGUCGAUGGCAUUGUGGAAAACGACCCCACGGGCGAAAAUUACAUAAUUUAUUCACGUCCGUUGGGCCCCCGGUACCUCGUGACAGGGUAUUGCAAGUCAGAAAUCGAAGAGCUAUCGGUGAUUCAUAAGGACUGGACCGUCCCAGGGUGGAGCCAAGGGAAAUAUGCCAAACACCCCGUGGUCACAGGCUGGGCGUGCGGCCAUACCGUGUCGAAAGCGACGGAAUUGAUUGCACUGCAAGUCGUCUUUUCGUUGUGCACGUUGUGCCUGUUUGCUGGCGACAUAUACAUCACCCUCCAAGGCAAAACGCCAAAAUACAUGCACGGGUCUGCAACCACUUGGGGGUAUUGCGUAGGGUUGCAGGGGGUGUUCACCAACAAGCCAGUGCUCACGUAUCAAGUGUUGGCUGGCCUAGAACGUCGAAAGCUGCUCGUGGCAUUUAUUUUGAUCACGACGAUGCCGGGCUUGCUGUAUUUGGAUGUGUCGCGCAUCUACUUUUCGACUCAAAAUGGGUUCCGUAUAUGGUGCCUGUCGUGCCUCAUGUUUGGCACGUUUCACGCGUUUGGGUUUAUCUUUUUUCUGAGCAUUUUGGACAGAAUUCCGUGUCAGUUGUCCCACGUCGUGCAUUACUCUGCCCCCACCUGCCUCUACGGAGCGAUCAUUGGCACCGCCGUCGCAUGUUGCCAACAACCCAUUUACGAAACCGCGUACCACAAAUUCUAUGCAGCAUCUCCCCUAUUGAUGCUUCGAGUGUUUGGUCAAGACUGGUCCAGUGGGUCGUACACUGUCGACGGCACCCCGCCAGUGAUUGUGUACCUAUGCGAGCAAAUACUCGUGCCAAUCUGUAUCGCGUUCGUGGUAUCCAUUGUUGUGGCUGUGGUUGAUCGAUUCAAGCUUCCCAAGAGUUUGUUCAUGUCCAUUGCGUGGUGCCGCACAAAUUCGUUCAUCACCCACGCCCAAGCGCCGAAUUGGAUCACAGCGUUGCCCCUCAACCAAACCAAUGCCAUUAAAAUUGGAAACAAAAUGUACUGCAAACCAAGCACCCAAGCGUUGAUGGGGUUCGCAACGGUGAUGGCUCGAGACACGCCCCAGGUCGCGCCAACUGCGAAAACACAAUCGACCGUGGACGUUAGCGUGCCCAUUCAAGUCGUCAAUAUGUACGCGCUGGUACCCGCCCUGUGGUUCCCCACUCUCAUUCGUCAGUAUGGAACGAUCCACAGCAACGAAUUCACAGCUACAACCAUCCAGGCAAACUUACCCCCCAAAAAGUACAAGCACACACGAGGGGCUUGUGCAAAGUAACAUAAAAUAAUGUAAAAAACACAUGCUAA